CUUACUGGCUCGCCGGCUGAAGCCGAGCAGAUUUUCUGCGGGCAAGGAGCCGAAGCCGCUCAAAAUAUUUCGCGGGACGAACAGCAGAAGUGUGCGGCGAUACAACUCGGCCUCCUCCCAGACCCAAGAUGUUGAAGUGUGCUUCCCCGCGAACCCUGACUAGGGCUAUUCCUAGGAGAUCUUUUUCUCCCAGCAUAUUGCCUACUUUCCCGUCUAGAAACCUCGCGACUGUAGCUGAUUCUAUCCAAAAGGAUCCUGCAGAGCUUGACCAGAUCUCUACUUUACCAAAUGGCGUUCGAGUUGCUACUGAAGCGUUGCCAGGACAUUUUUCCGGAGUGGGCGUCUUCAUUGAUGCGGGAUCCCGAUAUGAGAACGAGUACUUGCGAGGCGUGAGCCAUAUCUUGGAUAGACUGGCCUUCAAAUCCACGAAGAAACGAACAAGUGAUGAGAUGCUGGAAUCACUGGAAUCUUUGGGUGGCAACAUAAAUUGCGCUUCUUCCCGCGAAUCCUUGAUGUAUCAGUCCGCCACCUUCAACUCUGCCGUGCCUACAACAGUCGCCCUCCUCGCCGAGACAAUCCGGGAUCCAUUAGUAACGGAAGAGGAGGUACAGCAACAGCUGGAAACCGCGUCUUAUGAGAUCGGGGAAAUCUGGUCGAAGCCGGAGUUAAUUCUACCUGAGCUGGUACACAUGGCUGCUUUCAAAGAUAACACUCUCGGGAAUCCAUUGCUAUGUCCUAAGGAAAGGCUCACUCAAAUCAACAAGAGUGUUAUCGAGGCCUAUAGGGAUACCUUCUUCCGGCCAGAGCGAAUGGUCGUUGCAUUUGCUGGGGUGCAGCACGACGAAGCUGUCCGACUUACAGAGCAAUACUUCGGAGAUAUGCCAAAGUCGGAAGCACCCAUACUUUCACAGACGGGAUCAGAAACGUCAUUGGAUUCUUCAUCCACUCGCAAUGAUAGCUCGAUAUCUUCAAUAUCUUCACAACCACCGACGCCGCCGCAACAACCGUCGAAACUACUCUCCCGGAUACCGUUCUUCAAGAACAUCUCCACCUCAGCCCCAAAUAACGCCUCAGUAGAGUCCUUUAAUAGUCUCUCUCUUUCCCACGCUCCCACAACCUUCGAUAUCACACAGCCAUCUCACUAUACAGGUGGCUUCCUCUCAUUGCCGUCCCUCCCGCCGCCGAUCAACCCUUCACUACCACCACUCACACAUAUCCACGUAGCUUUCGAAGCUCUUCCAAUAUCAUCCGAGGAUAUAUAUGCUCUCGCUACUCUGCAAACUCUCCUCGGAGGAGGCGGCUCUUUCUCGGCAGGUGGGCCUGGGAAAGGCAUGUAUUCUCGACUCUACACCAACGUUCUGAACCAACACGCCUGGGUGGAGUCAUGCGUUGCCUUCAAUCAUUCGUAUACCGAUUCAGGUCUCUUUGGUAUAUCCUCUAGUUGCUCGCCCGGCCAUGUGGUUAACAUGCUAGACGUCAUGUGUCGCGAGCUUCAAGCUUUGACGCUUGACACAGGAUUUGCCGCACUCCAAACAGUCGAAGUCAACCGGGCAAAGAACCAAUUACGAUCUAGUCUAUUGAUGAACCUGGAAAGCAGAAUGGUUGAGCUCGAAGACUUAGGAAGACAGGUGCAAGUUCAUGGUAGGAAAGUGGGCGUACGAGAAAUGUGUAAGAAGAUUGAUGAGUUAACCGUUAAAGAUCUCCGCAGGGUUGCUAGGAUUGUAGUCGGUGGUAUGGCAGACAAUCCCGGAAAAGGUAGUGGGGCACCAACUGUUGUUUUACAAGAAGGAGAAGAGGAGGGUGUUACAAGAAAGCCAUUCAAGUGGGCAGAGAUUCAGGAUCGCAUCGAGAGAUGGAAAUUAGGCCGAAGAUAGGUUCGACGAUUCGCCUCUGGCCAGGAGAAACUGCCAGAGACAUGAAAAUAGCCAUGUAUAAACAAUGUACAAAACUUACCUGUACUAUAGAGCAGCAUUGUUAUGAAAUAACGGUGGCAAGUCACGACCUGGAGGCCUUUCAGUGUACGAGACAAAUUCCUUUCUUCAAAACAACAGAAUUUGCAAAGUCGUUCAAAGUCGAAUAUGUAAACAAAUCGAAGUUCUCAGAAUAAUCGAAGGCGAAGUGUUGAUCGAAACACAUUGAAGAAUUCAAACAGGCACAGCGAGAAGAUUGGAUGAAAGGGGGUUGGUCGACAGGUUUGAGACAGGGGUUCCACAAAAAAGAUUCGCGAGGCUGAGAGCGGCAGC